ACAGCUAAAUUUCUCUUUCCUCACCCAUCUCGAAACUCUUUGCGCAGAGGCGAGGCUGUACCCAAUGGCUGAACAACUGAUCCUCAAAGGUACCCUCGAGGGCCACAAUGGCUGGGUCACCAGCUUGGCCACCUCCAUGGAGAACCCCAACAUGCUCCUGUCUGGUAGCCGAGACAAGACCCUGAUCAUCUGGAACCUCACCCGCGACGAGACUCAGUACGGCUACCCCAAGCGAUCGCUCAAGGGCCACUCCCACAUUGUGUCCGACUGCGUGAUCUCCUCCGACGGCGCCUACGCUCUGUCUGCCUCCUGGGACAAGACCCUCCGCCUGUGGGAGCUCGCCACUGGCACCACCACCCGAAGAUUCGUCGGCCACACCAACGACGUUCUCUCCGUCUCCUUCUCCGCCGACAACCGACAGAUCGUCUCCGGCUCUCGUGACCGAACCAUCAAGCUGUGGAACACCCUCGGUGACUGCAAGUACACCAUCACCGACAAGGGCCACACUGAGUGGGUUUCCUGCGUCCGAUUCAGCCCCAACCCCCAGAACCCCGUCAUUGUCUCCAGCGGCUGGGACAAGCUGGUCAAGGUUUGGGAGCUCUCCACCUGCAAGCUGCAGACCGACCACAUCGGCCACACCGGCUACAUCAACACCGUCACCAUCUCCCCCGAUGGCUCUCUCUGCGCCUCCGGUGGCAAGGACGGCACCACCAUGCUCUGGGACCUGAACGAAUCCAAGCACCUGUACUCUCUCAACGCCAACGACGAGAUCCACGCCCUCGUCUUCUCUCCCAACCGAUACUGGCUCUGCGCUGCCACCGCCAGCAGCAUCAUCAUCUUCGAUCUCGAGAAGAAGAGCAAGGUUGAUGAGCUCAAGCCCGAGUUCACCUCCGUUGGCAAGAAGAGCCGGGAGCCCGAGUGUGUCAGCUUGGCCUGGUCCGCCGAUGGCCAGACCCUGUUCGCCGGCUACACUGACAACAUUAUCCGCGCCUGGGGUGUCAUGUCCCGAGCAUAAGCUUGUUGCAUGUUAGGUCGGGAGAUGGAAGGGAAAGGGGUUGCAUGGCUUGGGACGGGGUAGGAAAAACAGGGCGUCACAUUUAGUUAGCCUCUUGCUCGAGUUGUGCAACUUUGAGACGGGGGGCAACUGUGCUUGUGAACGUUAGCCUGGCAGAGGGUUUAAGAAUUGCUGGCUACAGAGAUACUACCGAAAAAAAAAGGGUACUGGACACAAUUCACUUCUAAUGGAGAAGAAGGUUCUUUGCUCCUGUUUCUACCAAGCAUAAAGGGAAAGGGAAUAUCAAAAUUUCAUACUGUUC